AUCGGAGCACGUAUCGGCUCAUCGGUGCCCGCGCGGCUCAUUUAUUUUUUUUUGGCUUGGGGCCACGCCAAAGAGGUGGUGGUCCCCCCACGAGAAUUGCACGACUCGGACCGCAACGGAGACCUGGGAGCUUUUCUCCCCCACAGACAAAAGCAGCAACUCCAAUUUCGUUUUCUCUUUGUAUUUUCUUCUGUUACAACUACCAAACAAAUCACAACUUCUCCGUCUGCCUGUUCUGUCGCGCGCAAUGGAGGCUCCCGUUCUCGACACCGAGGCGCCCCCCGCCAACUCCAACCAGGCCGCUAAGGAUCUCUUCUCCGGUGCCAUGGGCGGUAUUGCUCAGGUUCUUAUUGGCCAGCCCUUCGACAUCGUCAAGGUCCGUCUGCAGACCACCACCCAAUACUCCGGCGCCCUACAGGCCGCUGCCUCUAUCUACAAGACCGAGGGCCCUCUCGCCUUCUACAAGGGCACGCUGACCCCCCUCAUUGGUAUCGGUGCCUGCGUGUCCGUCCAGUUUGGCGCCUACCACUCUGCCCGCCGCUGGUUUGAGGCGCGCAACCAAGACGCCACUGGCAAGCCCGGCCUCUCCUACGGCCAGUACUUCGUCGCCGGUGCCUUUGCCGGUAUCGCCAACACCGCUCUGUCCUCGCCCAUCGAGCACAUCCGUAUCCGCCUGCAGAGCCAGCCCCAUGGCGCUGCCCGCCUCUACGACGGCCCUCUCGACUGCGUCAAGAAGAUCUCCGCCCAGGGCGGCAUCGCCAAGGGCAUCUACCGCGGCACAUCGGUCACUCUGUUCCGUGAGUCCUUUGCCUACGGUUCCUGGUUCACCGCUUUCGAGUACAUGAUGAACCUUGACGCUGCCCGCAACGGUAUCGACCGCAAGGACAUCCCCAGCUGGAAGAUUGCCCUCUACGGUGGUCUUGCUGGUGAGGCCCUCUGGCUCGCUUCGUACCCCUUCGACGUCAUCAAGAGCAAGAUGCAGACCGACGGCUUCGGCGCCAACCAAAAGUACCCUACUAUGCGCUCCUGCUUCGCCCAGACCUGGAAGGCCGACGGUGCCGCUGGCUUCUUCAGAGGUAUUGCGCCUACUCUGGUUCGUGCCAUGCCUGUCAGCGCUGGUACCUUUGCCGUUGUCGAGAUGACUAUGCGUGCCAUUAGCUAAACGUUAUAUUCUCGACACUUUUUGCUGUUUCGGCUGUUUUCUGUUUUCUACGUUCAUGGGCUUCGUAUUUUUGGCAUCGGGGAGCAAUACCCCUUCAACUAGACACAUCUUUUCUUCACAAGAGACAAAAAGUUUUCUUCUUUACUUUUUUUGGCGCAACUAUACUUGGGUACUUUAUAAGCAACGGCGUUGUAUAUUAACAGGACUUGCAGGCAAAGGCUUGCCCUUAUCAUCAUUCAGAUAUAGCAAUUACUUCUAUUCAAAGCAUACCUAUGUACUCUACCAGUCUAUGAUGUUUCCUGGUUAUUACCAACCAAUGUUCUCGCUGUUUUCAACUCUACGCUGCAGAAUAGCUCUCGCGUUUCCAUUGCCCAGACCUUCUAAUCUCAGCUCCUCCAGCACCUUUCUUGCUUCGUCGUUGUCUUUGAAGACGCGGUCGCUAGCUUCUUUCAGUGUCAUCACGCCCGGUGUGCCUUCGGUAGGCAGGCUAAGAAGUCUUGUUCCCUCGGAUAGCAUGUCGAAAGCUCCGGCACCGCUAGGGAUAUAUCUCUCCACCAUCGCCAUCAGCGCCUGCUGAUCGAAUGCGAAUUGCGCCGCACCAAGAGUAGUGAAUGAUUGUCUCAUGAGAAUAGACGUCCACAGCAGGUCCUGUACUUUGCGCAGGGCUUCGCGCCAAACGCGACGGUAGCUUGCUGACGACAGCGUUUUGACCAGGAAUUCAAAGUUUUGCUUGAGAAUAGCAAGCGGCUCAUCUAGCUCUGGUGUGAUUGACAAGUCAGACAGGUCAUCAAGCAUGGCAGACUCGCCGACCGUCGUCCACUGCACCUUUUGGGCGUAGCCACGGAAAGCCUUGGUAUGCGCGUCUGUAAGUGAAGCGACGAGAAGAUCCUCGGCUGUCUUUCGGCGAGCAGCAAACGCGCUGAUAGUCUCAUCGAAUAUUGCGCCGUCCUUAUCGCGCGACGGCUGGAAAUCGUCUUCGGGAGCCUUGUCGCUACGCAACAGUUCGUCCCAUAGCACAGUGAAGAAUUCUUCGUCUCCCCAUUCCGUUAGGCAGUUGACUAUAUGAUCAGCGCUGCCAAUGACCUUGCAUAGAGUCUCGAGGGCUCCCAGUCCUUGCAGGGCAGCCAGCUGUUCCUUUGAAGCACCAUGGAGGGUACGACCUAGCGUCGAUGUCAUCGAUUGAUAGGCUUCUAGAGAGCCGCGCAGGCGAUCAUGGUACCCGUCUAAAAUGUCCAGCUGAAUUUUGGUGAGAAAUUUGACCUUGUACUUGGUCUUGCGAAGACGGUCAUACUUGGAUGUCACCGUACGUAACAGGUCGGUAGUACGGACGGCGGCAUAUGUCGGCUUCAUCUUGCCAGUUUCAGCAAAGUCAUAGUCAAUCUUGCGCGAGUCGUCAGAGUUCAUAAUAGAGUCAAAACGCUCUAGAGCAAAGGUCCUCUCUGCUUGGAACCACGCAUCAAAAUGCUCAUCCAAGACUUCUGCGGUAAGGCCUGGCCAACCGUCCUCAGAGUCACCGCCAUCGUAGUUGAACCGCGUUCGGAGGUUUUCGUCAAAGGUCAUCAGCUGUCCCAUAAAGCCACUCAGGAAUGAUGGGUUCAUGACUGCCUCAUCUGCAACAGCCAGCACCUUUUCGCGCAUAAUGGUUAGCAGCGACGUUAUCAGUGCGCAAACAGGGUCGACGUAGAUCAUUUUAUCUGCCGCCGACGUAUUCACGAACUUAGCAGCCAAAAGAUGGGCCAAGUUGUCGCGGAAGAAAUCUUCCCACUUCUCUACCGUCGAGAGAAACCACGGGAAGCAGUGCGUACCCAUGGACUGGGGAGCGCUGGUCGGCUUAUCGCUCAGGAAAUGGAAACGGAAUUCCGCCACAAAAAUCUUAGCCAUGACGUCCACUGGCAGCAAGGGGAUAAUAUCGGAGCUGUGUAGAAUCUCAGGCAUUUGCAGGUCAACCAGCUUCUCGAAGCAGGCCAGCCACUCUUGAUCCAUCUGAGACUCCUUAUCAACGCGGGGCCACUGGCGUUUAGUCAAGAUGGCAUCCAUUUCCACGGACAUAGUCUCCUUCAUUUCGUCCCAGAGUGUCUCUGCGACUUUUUCAACAUGCUCAACGAGAUGCAAGUCCUCUGACCCAGGGAGGCUGCGCAGUCUCAUGGCCAGCUGUUUCAGCUGCGAGUACGGCUCAAGAGCGGCCUUGGGACUAUCCGGCAAAUGCGACCUGGCUUCUUUGCGCAGGUUUUCCACAUCUUGCAACAUUAUGAGAUAUCGCUGGGCCAUGUCAACGGCCUUGAGCUUCUGCAUAGGCCGCUGCAGACGAGCGAUAGCCUCGCUGGGCGCAUCCGACGCAGCGGCAAUGUGGACGCGCUCGUCGAUACUGGCCUGGAGGGCAUUGAACUCAUCGAUUCGGAUCUGUAGCGUGUCCCCUCGGUCUUCGGUCGUGCGGCGGGCCUGCUCGAGAUCCUUGACGGCGUCGUCGAGCUGCGACUGGAGCUGGUUGCGCUGGAGCUCCACGGACGCGAGUAGCUCGUCAAGGGCUUCGAGGUCGGCAGGUGCCUGCAAUUUAUCGUCGAGAUAAUCUUCGACUCGAAUAUCAAUGUCGCCAUCAGGCGAGGGCGAGUCAAAUGACGACAUUUCGCCAAUUGUCGAGUUGGCGUGGAGGAGAUGCAGUUGAGUGAUGGAGAGUUGGUC